AUCCCAUAUUAUGUUAUGGUAACAUAAUGGGGACAGAAUAAGAUGGUGACUCAUUUUCAAUGAAUCAAAGGGGAUCCCUUGCCGUUUAAUGAGUUUGAAUGAAUAUUUACAGACAAAAUAUGCCAUUGACUGGAAUGAAUGAUUAAUGUUGAGGCUUUUUCAAUUAUUCAUGUACAAACAUAUGCAUUAUUUAAACCCACAUGAUCUCGUAUUUCUGCCCCUGCCCCACAUCGCACAUGGUGUUGGGGUGUUGGGACUGCUAGCCACAUUGGCACGUUAACUCAAAUGUAAUGGGGUUUUACUUGAAACAAAAAAGAAACGCCAGAAAUAAUAGAAGGGACUGUCUGUUUAAGUCAAGAAUCAUUGAUGUUAUUUUUUGUCAUAUAAAAACCAAAAUGAUUGGUGACUGAGGGAGGCUUUCAUUCGUGCAUAACUUUAAAAAAUAUAGCAGACUAUGGGUGUCUAAUGGUGAGUAAAUAAUGACUUUAUUUCGGGUAUACUGUCUCUUUAAGUCGGUAUAUAUGACGGAUCCGUUCAAAAUGGGUUAAAAACUGAAACCAUUGCGUAAUCCGCUUGCGCCUUUAAAAAUCCAUUUGAGACUAAAUUCAGGGGAUUUAAAGCAGUAAUUCUGUGUUAUAUAAUCUCUCGUCUGGCAUUGAUAUAUUUCUAAAUUUAAACAUCCACGAAUUUGGCUGAGGUUAUUGUGCGUAAUUAAAUCACAUUGGACACUACGAAUUGUAUAUAAAGUUAUUUUAAAUAAAAAGAAAAUACAAAGUUGGCUACGUUAUAUGCCUACAAGUAUAUCCGUGGUUUAAAACGUAGGCUAUUGGAUUGACCAAAUGUGACAGCUGCCCACUGCCCUGCCCUUCAGAGUGACCUCAAAUUGUUCUUUUGAGUCGAAUCUUUUCGUUUGAAUCUUUCGCUUAAAUCGUUUGAAAUUGAUUGUUACAAAUACCGCUCUGGAAAUGUUUACACGAUUUGUGACCACAUUCUUUGAGUAAAUGAAAACAUGUAGUCAUAUUUAAAUAGCCUGUAUCAAAUUUUAAUACAUUUAAAUGAUUUAUUAAAACAAACAAAAUUUUAAGCACAAAUAAUUUUAUUCUUUUCAAAUUAGCCUAGUACUUUUUACUGAAUAAUGGGUGCAGCCAACUGAACUGGUAGGUCAUUAUAAAACGUAUAAGAAUCCCUGAUUGUUUUUAACCGGUUCUUUUGAAAGAACCGAUUCGCGGAAGUGAGUCUGUCUUCUCAUCACUUUGUCUGCUGCCUGUCUUGGUGUGGAGCAGACUGUAAAAAAGAGUGUGUGGAGCCGGAGUAAUUGAGAAGCUGACAAGAAGGCUAUUUAGUGGAGGAAAGAAUACAGUAGCCUAGACUAUAACUGUUUUUACUCAGAUUAUUUGUAUGCUUCUACUAGUCCACACACUGUGACCGUGUGGGGCUUAUAAAUUGAGUCGCAUAUGGUUUUAAGGCGAUUAAGUGCUUUUGACAGACAUUUCAGCUGCACUGAAACAGACUGCGAAUAUUCUGCUGAUCUGUAAAAGUCUGUUUUGAUAUACUGAAACAAAUGCAACUCCGUUUAUCACAGAGAUCUCGCUCCUCUUCCAAAAGCUGAGGUUCCGUGAAUCGUCCUGAUCAAACAUUUCACGUUUUGCUCCAUGUAGAUCUGUUGAAUCUGUCAUCACAUCAUGUUGCCUUCUGUCGCGAUGCUUUUACUCUUUCUUUCUCCGUCGAGGAGCUCAAGACUGUGUCACCUCUGCCAGUGCUAUGAACACUCAGAUCUGGUGGAUUGCCAUGCCAGGGGUUUUGAGGAUAUCCCACAUGGACUUCCCCACGGCACCUGGCUCCUAGACCUUGGAGGAAACAAGCUUACGGAGAUCCGGAGUCGAGCUUUCGCUGGCCUUUGGUCUUUACGUAUUCUAGUGCUCUCGGACAGCAGCAUCCAGGUUCUUCAUUCGCAGGCUUUUUUCUCUCUGUCCUAUCUGGAGAAGUUGGACAUGAGUCGUAACAACCUCACUAAGAUCCCUCCUAAUUUCUCUGAGAGCCUGUCUUCCCUGCGUGAAUUGCGGCUGGACCACAAUGCACUGGUGCUGUUGAAACCUGCAGGCCUAGAACAUCUGGAAAACCUUGUGAAGCUGGACCUCAGCCACAAUCGUAUCCAAUCUGUUGAACCUGGCGCGUUCCGUGGUCUGUCCCGCCUGCGCCACCUUUACCUCCAAGGGAACCGCCUGGGUGUUCUGCGAGACGGAUCCUUCACCAUGCUGCCCGGACUGGAAGUUCUGCUCCUGGGGAACAACAACAUCUCUCGGAUCGAGGUAAAUGCACUAGCACCAUUGCACAGUCUUUCUUUGUUGGGCUUGGAGGCGAAUCAUCUGGAACACCUGAACUUCAAGACAUUGCUGAGCUUGCACACGCCUGCUACGCACCUGCAGUUGGCUGGGAACCCGUGGAACUGUGACUGCGACCUGCACCGUGUCUUCAGCAAGCUGCUUAGUGUGAGGCACCUCCUUGUGGACGACUAUCACAACAUAACAUGUCGGGAGCCCUGGCAGCUUGCCGGAGCCUCUUUGGCUUGGGUGGACAGCCAGUUGUGUGUGGCUGAGACUGUUACGGUGUUAGUCAUCACUGCUACUGUGAUCGUGACUGUCUUUGGUGCCUUGGUCAUGGCGGAGAGAAAACGCAAGAGAAAAUACUGGGAACAGAAUGAGGGGGAACCGCAAGAGCAGUGAGGUGACUUACACAGGAGGACAAUACAGAUUGAAAAUACAGACACGGUCUUGCUUUGGCCUCUUUUCCCGACAGUUCAUGUGGUGAUAGAAAUUGAGAUUCUUAUAAUGCAAAACUUGGAUAAAAGUAUUGGUAACUUGAAUCUGAUUUAAAUCUUUCUAAUAUGGGAUGUUUUCAGAUUACAAUCUGUGCUAGCUAACCAAUUAGUUGUGUAUGUGUUAUGAAUUAUAUUAAUGUAGACAACUAGACAUCCUCUUUGCCACUUACAAAGUCAAAAGCUACCUUCAACUCUUUCAUUACCUUUACAUAAAAUGGCAAGGCUGUUUUGUUAAUAUAUAUAUAUAUAU